AGUCCAGCUCAUCUAGUCCUCUGUGUGGUGUAUUAGAUGUCAACAUCUGUGCUCUUUGCUUUUUACUGGAGAUAAACGUAAGGCUAAUGCUGCCAUCUAGUGGUGACAUCAAAUAGUGCGAGUAUCAGUUUGCAUUCUGAUCUAAAAAUAUCCAGUGUAGAACUUAUUUGAGCAGUUAUCUUGUGACUGGGCACAAACGAAGGGCAUUUGAUUCAGAAGAUUUUUUUUCUUAUGAGUUUAACUUAAAACAGAAAUGGGUUCAGUUUUUGUAAAUUGCUUUAUAUUUGUUUGGAUUCCAUAGAAACUUGAGGCACUUCCAUUAGAGGACUGGAGCAGGAGGUCCAGGACUGGGAGGAUGAACGGCGAGCUUUGGCUCAUAGGAGAGCCAUGAUCCGGCCUCCGCUGCCUCGGGCCCCCCGACUCCCUCCCAGGCAGCAGCGGCUCCAAGAGGUCAGAGCCCCUCCACCCCAGAUCCGCUGCAGAGACACCAGCAUCCACAACACCUUCAUGUGCGGAGACAUAAAGGGAGUCUACGCUGUGCUGAAAGACCCUGCAAUGGUCAACGCCCUGAUGGAGACGGUGCAUGAGGAGAUGGUGUGGGCUCCAGAAAUGGGCAUGUGGACGCUGAGCUCCAAGGUGAAACAAACAUCGGCCUUACGCCUGGCUGCCAACCGGGGUCACACGGCGUGUGUGGAGGAGCUGCUGUUUCGUGGUGCUGAGGUGAACGCCAACCCUGGAGGCAACACGGCACUCCACGACGCCUGCAUAGGCGGCCACCCUGUCUGCGUCCAGCUGCUGCUCUCCCAUGGAGCAGAUCCUGAAGUGCUGGCAGCAGAUGGCAGUGCUCCUCUUCACCUCUGUACCUCUGCCCAGUCAUUCCACUGUGCUGAGCUGCUUUUAGAAGGAGGCGCGGACAUCAAUGUGCGGAGCCGGGAGUCGAGGCUCACCCCUCUGCAUGUGGCUGCUCAGCGAGGCCUGGAGGAGCACGUCCAGCUCUUCCUCAGCCACGGCGCUGAUGUUUUAGCCACCAAUCGAGAGGGGGAGACCCCCCUGAAUGCUGCUUGCUCUGGAGCCGAGAGGCCGUCCGAAGCUGGGAGAUACCUCCGUGUGAGCCAGAAGCUGCUGGAUGCAGGAGCUAAUCCCCAAACUGCAGGCAGGAAGCAACACACCCCGCUGCAUAACGCCUGCGCAAACUGCUGCUGCAGGAUUGUAGACGUCCUCCUGCAGCAUGGAGCGAAGGCUGAUGUUGAGAACUGUGCAGGAUACACACCAAUGGACUGUCUGCUGCAGGUUGUGGAAGAUUACCCAACUCAGCAAUCUGAAGCUAUAGCACGAUCCCUUCUGAACUAUGGAGCAAAACCUGUUUCACCAAAGAUGCUGAAACAGCUGGCCUUGUAUCCUGAUGUUCUGGGCCUGAUGCUGAACUCGUAUACAUCCAUCCCGCCCUGUGAUUGGUCAGACUCCCUGCCUCCUGACACGCUUUCCCAGGAGCACCUGUUGUUUCUCCGCUCGCUGCGUCAGAGGAGCACUCAGCCUCGAUCCUUGCAGCAUCUCUGCCGUUGUGCUGUGCGUCAGCAUUUAGGAGCCCGCUGUCACUCAGCUGUAUGUGAGCUGAACCUUCCUGGCUCUGUGAGGGAAUAUCUGCUGCUGUGUGACAACAAGACACUCCAAUAAAUAUUGAUGUUGUCAUAUCAUCUUAAAACUUAUUACUAUUGAUUCUAAAUCCAAAUUGUCACACGCAGGCUGCUUGGUAGUGCAGUGGAUAACACUGAUUCCUCAAAAUGUAAAUUAUUCUUUAGUUCUUAUAAAAGAUGCUGCCUGAAAAGUUGGAGUUGGUCACACUAGGUCACGUGUCAAAGUCAAGGCCACAGCUUUUUUUGUGGCCCUUUAGAUUCUAGAUUAAACACUAAAUCUGCUUAAAUAUCAUGUUAUCAAUCAAUUCAGUGCAGUUUUUAUCUGUUUACUGCCAAAUUAUAUCAAUCACUCUCUCCAGUUUCUUGAGAAUUAUAGUGGAAAUUCACA